CUGAAGUGUCCGUGGAUAGUGUUUGUGGGGUCGCACUGCGUCUUACACGCGGCAAACUUUUUUUCACUCCGUGACUUUUCAAUUGUACAUGUUUACCUGUGUGUUGUGCUGGCUUUUCUGAAUUUAAACUGGAUUCUUUGGAUUAUCAGUAUUCUCUUAUGGUGUUUCUGUUCUCAAGUGAGCAACAAGUGUUUUUUUAAUUCGGUGUCAUAAAACAUCUUUUUAAGUAGGAAUGUGUUGCCUCUAGGACCUGGCGUUAGAACCUUAGGGAUGCUGUUAGUGCCCGUGACGACAGUUGUGAACAUGCCCGUGUUGUGUUGUGUUAGUGCGUAAGUCAGUGUUAGUGUUAGUGUUGUACUAUGGCCAACCAGUUAGUGACUCGUGCCGCAUUGCUUAUCACUCUUUGGAUUUUGAACCUGUCUGAUGUCAAUGGUCAGUACCGCAGCCCGCGGAUCACAGAACACCCCUCGGACGUGGUAGUCCCGCGGAACGAACCGGUCACCCUCAACUGCAAGGCCGAGGGGCGGCCGGAGCCCCGUGUCACGUGGUACAAGGACGGCUCACUCGUGGACGAGGCCAAGAGUCACCGGGUGAUCCUGCCUGCAGGAUCCCUCUUCUUCCUCAGAGUCAUGCACGGCAAGAAGGAGUCGGACAGCGGAGUGUACUGGUGUGUCGCCACUAACAUCGCGGGUACAGUCAGCAGCAGGAACGCUACCCUACAAGUUGCAGUGCUGAGGGACGACUUCAGGGUGGAGCCCAAAGACACGAGGGUGGCGGCCGGAGAGAGGGCACUGCUGCAGUGUGGACCGCCCAGGGGCACCCCCGAGCCAUCGCUCUAUUGGAAAAAGGACGGUGCCGUGGUCGACAUCGAGCAGUCUGACAGGAUCAGAGUGGUGGACGGAGGUAACUUGCUAAUCUCCGAUGUGCGACAGAGUGAUGGAGGCCGGUACCAAUGUGUAGCUCAGAACCUGGUUGGCACCAAAGAGAGCAACAACGCCACACUGACAGUUCACACAAAACCAUAUACGUUAUCGGAGCCCCGCGAUGUGAGCACACUGUCAGGACAGAGCGUACAGUUUGAGUGUCGCGUGGGUGGAGACCCCCAGCCGAGGAUACUCUGGCGACGUGAUGACGGGAAAAUGCCAGUUGGUCGAGCUCACAUCUUAGAAGACAAGAGUCUCCGGAUAGAACACACUGUACCAGACGAUGAAGGGAUCUACAUCUGUGACGCAGAGAAUGAUGUUGGCACUGUAUCUUCCCGAGCGUCACUUAUUGUGCACUCUCCACCAGAGUUCACCAAGAAACCAGUAGACCAGAAGGUUGGAUUGAAUGGCAUUGCACGAUUUGAAUGUGCGGCACAAGGUAACCCUCCACCCAGUGUGUUCUGGAGCAAAGAGGGUAGUCAGGUGCUCAUGUUCCCGGGUAACAGCUACGGCACUAUGACCGUGACCGGAGAAGGUUCCCUGACAAUCCAAGGUGUGCAGCGAGAGGAUGCAGGGUUCCUGGUGUGUUCAGCCCUGAGUGUUGCUGGCAGUACAUCGGCGCGCGCUUAUCUCCAGGUGACAUCAGUAGAAGACGUUCCUCCGCCACUGGUAGAGAUCAGGCCUACCAACCAAACUCUACCCCUACACUCGGUGGCCACACUGUCGUGUCAAGCGAGAGGCUCACCACCUCCCCGAAUCAAGUGGUACAAGAAUGGCACCCCCUUGGACAUGCCAAACAGUCGUGUCAUCAUCAAACCUUCUGGCUCUCUUCACAUUGAUGAUCUACAGCUGAGUGAUUCUGGUUUGUACACAUGCACAGCAACGUCUGAAAGUGGGGAGACAUCUUGGUCUGCUGCUUUAACGGUAGAAAAACAGCCUGGCCCCCACCUCCACCGUAGUCCUGACCCCUCCACCUUUCCCCCUGCUCCUGGACCUCCCACUGUCCUCAACGCUACCCAGAGCAGCCUGACUGUAGCCUGGACUGAGCGAGUCGGCGGGAGCACUGCAGGUCCUCUCAUUGGUUACACUCUAGAGUACUAUAGUCCUGAUCUUCAAACUGGAUGGGUUGUCGCAGCACAUCGACUCAACACUAACACUGUGGAGGUGACGGACUUGAAACCAGACACAGCGUAUGUGUUUGUGGUCAGAUCAGAGAACGCCAAUGGUCUUUCAGUUCCUAGUGAGAUGUCCUCGGUUGCCCGAACCCUUGCUGCAGAUUCCGAGGCUGUACCACAACACCAGCUGGAGGAGGCUAGAAUCCGGUUGGCUGCCAAAGUGGUGACGCUGAAGGAGCUGCGAGCUUCGUCAUCCACAUCCUGCAUUCUCAGUUGGGAGAUUCAAGGAAGUGGAGAAUACAUUGAAGGAUUGUACAUCCGAUACCGUGAUCUCUCCGGGGGCUCCCAACAGUUCAACAUGGCCACUGUUCUCAACCUGGACACCACGUCCUACACGCUUGCCAACCUCCGCAAGUACACCAAGUACCAGGUGUUCCUUGUGCCCUUCUUCAAAACAAUCGAUGGACAGCCCUCCAACUCUAUGGAAGUGCAGACGUGUGAGGAUGUGCCUUCAGCACCUCCGGAUAAUGUAGAAGUUGUAUGGCUCAACUCCACCGCUGCUUUUGUACAUUGGUCUCCCCCUCCACCACAGCACUUCAAUGGUAUCCUUACAGGUUAUACGAUCGAGCUGAGAGACAGUGCCAACAUAGAGGUCUCCAAAAUGAAAGUGAAUGCCUCCCAGACGUCAGUUCUGUUGCGGAACUUGACUCAGGGCAACUUGUAUUCAGCCACGGUGAGAGCUUCAACAGCGGAAGGGAAUGGCCCUGCAGCACACAUGAGUGUAAGGCAUAGCCCUGCCCCUUACCCUGUGGUACCUGCCCCACGACUAUGGCUUGUACUGCUGGUAGCAGCUACUGCUGUGGUGCUUGUGACUGCAUUUGCUGCUACCUUCUACCUGCGGCGAAAACAAGCCAUGACCAAACAGCUGGGACACCUCUCAGUUCCAGUGAAUGGAACUGAUCUAGGACUGAUGGGUGGAGUCAAGGAGGCAUUGUGGAUAGAAGUACCACACGACACCCACCGCAAACACAUGACCUUGGAGAGCAGUGAUUACGCAGAAGUUGACACACAGAAUCUCUCUAGUUUCUACAACAGCCGCAAGGAGACACUUACUCCAUAUGCGACCACCAUUCUAGUUCCUAACCGCCAGGACAGCUGUAGCGAAACUGGACCACUGAUUGUUCCUAUUGCUGUCAGCUCUUCUUCUGGAACCAAAACCUCCAAUUCUGGAGAUUCAUGGUCUCGGCAGCAACAAGAUCAUAGAGAUGAGAAUGGUCUCUACUCGUAUUAUCCAGUUGAGAAGAAUUGCCAACAACCGAAUUGGAAUGAAUUUCUUCCCCCACCUCCGCAGCACCCACCACCGCCUCGUCCUGUUAUGCAGAGCGGGAUGAGCUGUGGCAGUCCCCAGAUGUCCAAGCGGAGUGGAGGCAGUCACAAUUCCAGGGAAAGCACUCCCGCCACCAACAGUGUGUAUCCCCACCAGUGGACCCAUCAUCGUCCCCCACCACAUGAUCACCCCCCGCCAGUGCCCAGCUUCCAGUCCGGCUACCAUACAGGGAGCAGUGGCGGUAGCUCUUGUAAAUACCACCAACAGGGUAAUCCCGCUUACAGGCGCGACAACAAUGGCCCCCACGAUAACACUGUGUUACACAGACAUCCCACCAACUUCACCAGUUGCCGACUAGAGCAGACUAAUUGUGAUGCCAACUGUCACGCCAAGGAUAGGGGAGUCCAGUCAUCUAUCCAGAGGCACCAUCCUAAAGGCAAUUGUUCCGAGUACAGUGACUACGGUGAGGGGGAGGGCCAGAGGUCUAGGGAGGGGGAGGAGGGAGGUUAUAGCAGUAAUAGUUGUUGUUCCUGCAGUGAAGCCUCCUGCCAAUAUGCCCAAACCUGUCCAGAAUGUCCCACAGCACACUAAAUGUUGAUUUGAACUUCGCUUGUCUUCUACUUAAUGUUGGCAGCAUUCAACAUGUGAUGUGUAUAUGCAGAAAACUCCUCAUGUAAUCCACAGGUGUCAUUUCCUGAGGAAACCAUCUCUUUGCGAUUGUAGAAGCUAAAUGGCUGUGUCUGUUAAUUUAAGUUAUAUUUUAACACAAUCUUGUUAAUGCUAGAAACAAUUACAAUAAGUAUUAACAAUGUAAAUAUUAUUUUACUUUAGGUAUUUCUGAUUAACAAACAACAGCCCAUCGCUAAGGGGACUUAAAGAUUGUUAUUAUGAGUCUAGGUAAAUGAUGCUUGGCAAAACACUUGUUUUGUAAAAACAGAUCUCUAUUUUAAAACUUGCAUAACUAAAAAAAAACACACACACAAAUAUUCAAAUCUCUUUUUUAAAGACAGUUUAAAUUCUUCCAUUUAUUGAAAUAAAAUAGUUGGAAAUACUGAAGAAUUUAUCACAUGAAUAUUAAAGUUUUAAGUUUUAGUUAAAAUACAAUACAAAUCAAAGACAUUAACUUUUUCAAAAGUUAUUUUUGUAAGAAAUCAAUAUUUAAUUACUUUAGCCAAUUUUGAUUGAUUUU